UCCCUGUCCCACAGCCACGCAGCGGGCACUGAGUUCUGUCGUCCUUCCUCCUCCGCUCCUUCCAGGUGCAGGCUCCCAGGGCCGAGGAGGAGGAGGCUGAGGGAGGAGGCUGCCUCCGCUCCCCUCUCCCCACCUCCCACCUCCCACCUCUCACCUCCCACCGCAGCCUCCGCGUCUGCGCAGCCGCAGUCCGCAGCGCCGGCUCCGCAGUGCCCCGACAGGGUCUGGUUGGGGAGGAAUGCUGACCUCCAGAAGAUGCGCGGGUCCAAGUCCUCAGCACGCGUGACGACGUCUGGUGGCCUGGUGAGGAGCACUGAGGUUGCAGAUGAGAUGUGGGGACCCAUCAGCUGGAGAGGAGCAGAGGAGCUGGGUGACCAGUCCUCAGAUUCUGAAUCCUGUUCCUGGGACCAGAGGAGAAGCUGUCCCUGAACCCCACGUCCUCCUGGGGACAUGCAGAGCCUCAGGCCUGAGCAGACGCGGGGGCUGCUGGAGCCCGAGAGGGCCACGGCGCUGCUGCCCUGGGAGAAGUCCACGCACCCCAGCUUCGCCAGGGACUGGGAGGCCGUGGACGUCGGGGCCUCUGGCUUCGAGAGUGAGAGAGACCUGUCUUCUCAGGAGACUGGACUUUCCCAGGAGUGGUGCUCAGUGGAGGAAGAUGACGAGUCAGAGGACUCCCAGGGCUUUGUGGAGUGGUCGAAAGCUCCACAGCAUACGACUAUAGUCCUGGUGGUGUGCGUGCUGUUUCUGUUCCUGGUUUUGACGGGGAUGCCCAUGAUGUUUCACUUUCAGCUAUGAGAAUGGCUGUUGUUUUCAGAGAGAUACCCUGUGUCAUCUUAAGGAAAUGUUUGGCCUAAAAAUCAGGAAUGAGUAUGAAAUAUUAUCAAAUGCCUUUCAAACAUCCACUGAGAUGAUUUAAAAAAACAAAAAACUUUUCAGUGUGAGGUUUUGCAUUACUGUAUUUCAUUAAAAUUAAGCCUCAUUGAUUGUAAAACACAUUUUAUUUUAUAUAUCACUGAGAAAAAAUGGGAAUCAGUUGCAAGAUGUCAACAAUCAGAAGACUCCUCUUAACUUCAGAGGAGGCGAAGACAGCUUAGCGGCUGUGGAAUCUGGCGGCUUCCGGGCACCCUCGUCUUCCCAUUCUUGGGGCUGGGGUGUGCCAGUCUUCCUACGCUGAGUUCUUUUAUUCCAUGUUUACGUGGGGCUCUUGCCUCUCUUCACAAGUGAGAUCGGUGCUAUCUUUGUGAAGUUCGGCAUCAUGGCUAGCUGGCAUCCCAGGAAGACCCGAGUACCUUGGCCCUUUCUUUGCUUUGGGAUACUCUCUGUAAUGUGAGAGGGCCCAAGGCAGCCAGGUCCCAGAGCCACGAGGGGAGGUCUAUCCAUACCUUCUACAUCUUGUUCCUUUUGAUGGUUUACGGUGGCCUUUCAUCCCCUAAAGGACUCUUCAUUCCGUAGACUUUUUCAGAUAGCUACUUUAAUUACGCGUCCUGUUUUAUAAUUAAACACAGACUUUCUCUUUGUUGUGUUCUAGCCAUAGUCUCCUUUUAACUUCUGCCUGCGGUUUAUUUCAUAAUUUGAUUUGAAAGUUUUAACUGGCUUAUUACUGUUUUUUCAAAGACUCAGCAUUAGGAUUUACUUAUAUCCAUUAUUUUUCAUUUGUGAUUCAUUUCUCUUUAAUAUAUAUUGUGUUUUAUUUUUACUUGUUUUUAUUCCUUAUCUCAACUUUUAAGUUGUAUACUUAAUCUGUACUCUCUUUAUAUUUGCAAUAAUAGCCUAUUUAAAAAUAUAAAUGUACUUCUGGAUACAGCCUUGGCCACAUGUUCUUGUUUAUAUAGUUUUUUGUUUUGUUUUGUUUUUGUAGUGUUCCUAGAGAGUGCUUUGAAUCUCAGUGAUUUGGCUAAGUUUUGCUUAAAAUUCGUUUCUGGUUUCUGGUUUUACUGCACCGUGAACAGAGAACGUGGCCUAGAAAUAGAUGUUCUUUCAAGACAUUGUGAGAAGCUCUUACUGCAGCCUAGGACAUAGCUGGCUUCUCUAGUUUCAUGGACAUUUAAGAUUGAGCAUGUGCUCAUCGUCUGUAGACGUUAACUGCUUUUGCAUCUGCUCACUGGCCGGGCACGGUCAGUUAUACUGCUCAUAAUUCAUGUGAUUUAAUGUGGCCCACUGCAUCUAUCAGAAACUAAUCAGACUGUGUGAAAAUCUGUUAGCACAACUGGUUUACCAAUAUAUUUUUAUAAUAUUGGCUUUAUGUAUUCAAUAGCUGUGUAAAUCAAUGCCGAUAAGUCCAGCACUGCUUAGUCAAAUAGGCAAUAUAUGUAACACACCAAGCACAGUUCCAGGCAUAUAGUAGGCACUCAAUAAAUGUCAGUUAAAACCUGACCCCGAAUCUUCUAUCAAA